AUGAUUCAUGGCGAGAAUGUUCUGACCAUUGAGGUUAGAGGCAAGAAAAUUGUUUUGACUCCUCAAAUCCUAGCUCCCAUUUUGCAUAUCACCCCUGGUGAAUUCGAAUGUCCUGCCUUCGCUCAAUCUUGGAUUCUAGAGCAAGGCUUCACACCCGAAGAGUUUUUGCCUCUGAUUAUGUGUCUCACUCGUAUUGAUAAGUAUCAAGCUAGCUCCUCUCGUGGUGUUGAUCCUAUGGACACUAGUUCUGCUCCUCGAAGUAAUGAUGAAGAAUCUGAGGAAGGUAAUGAGGAAGGCGAUGAAGAAGAAGGUGAUGAAGAGGAAGCUGAAGAGGAAGAUGAUGACGAUGCUGAUAACCGAUGUUUGAUUUGUCACUUUGUGUAG